GUUUAAAGUAUUGUCCGCUGACGUCACUUUGAUUCCUUGAAGAGAGGCAGAAUAAACCUUGAGAGGACUCUCCUUCAAUCUGCUGUUCGUAACUAACACACACACACAGUCACUCACUCACACACACACUGAGACUCAAUUACUGCCCAAUUCCCUUCUUCAUCAUCUCCUGCUACACCGGCCUCUUACAAAACCAAAUCGAAAAAGGAAAACAAAGGGCAACGUUUACCUGAAGUGAUACUUCGAACCCGACCGAAGCGGAAUUACACCAAGUGUCAAAACUAAGGGUGGACUAGCAGUGAUGUCACACAGCUGAGGACACUCCCACUCAAUAUGGAGUCUGGAGAACGGCUGGCCUCGCCUUCCUCCAACCCGGCCUCCGUCCACGCCACCACCUCUGCGUCAUCAUCUUCCUCUUCAUCCUCUUCCUCAUCCACAGCAGCCUCCAAUGCCAAGAGAAGCCUAAACCACGGAGCAAUGGCCUCACUAAGCACAUGUGGUCCUCUGUUUGGGUUGACGGGCAGCGACCAGCCCUUCAGUGUCAGCUCAGUGACGUCUGUGCCCAGCGCGUACCCGCUCAUGGCUCACCCAGCCUUUGGCCUGCUCUCCCCAGCAGCAGCCCGCCCGGAGUUUGGGGGACUAGGAGGGCUUGGCGUCACUGCAGCACUCGCGGCUCACCCGCAGCUAGGAGCCUUCUCAGAAUGGUGGAGGGCAGCAGAAGCUCAUGGACGGAGUACUCCGGCCUUCUUCCCCCCUUUUCUGGGCCUGCCCCCUAUAUUCGCCCCGCCACUUCACAACCAUGAGGCCAAUCCGUACACAUCCAAAACCCCCAACAAGAGCAGCCAGGCCUCCAAAGGUGUGAACGGAGCCGUGAAUGGCCGUUCUCUCUCUCCCUCUGUGGCUAAAGGAACCGUUUCAGCUGCCCCCUCCCCCGCACUCCGGCCCCCUGAGCACAGCCGGACCCCCAACGCCAAAGCCCGUGACCGCAAGGCCAGUCACCAUAGCAACAGCACAGGGGAGCUUCAGGAGAAACCCUCGCAGAAAUCUAAAGAGAAGAAAGUCCGUAAGAAGCAGGUGGAGGGAUCUGGUAUAAGUGAGAGUGAAUCUGGCUCGUCACUGGAUACUGACAGCGAUGGACUGAGCAGCAGUGAUAUCGAUGACCUUGGAGAGGAAGAAGAUGAGGAUGACGAAGAUGAAGAUGAACAGAGUAAAGACAGCGAGGAGUCGGACUCUGAAAAGGAGCGGCAGAAGAAAAAGAAAAUGAAAAUUGUGACUCCAAACUCGGGGCCCAAUAAAAAGGAAAAGACCAGAUCAGCAGAGCUGAAGGACUUCCAUGGAAGCCUGCAGUACGGUGCAUCUCUUGAACCCUCUCCUCCAGUGCACCUGCAUCGCUCUCCACCACCUUCAGCCCUGUCUCAGUCCUCUCUGCUCCCUCUGUCGGGCAGCAGAGCCAGGGAGAGACCCCUCCACACCAGCGUCAUCCAGUCCACCGGCUUGGCAGCGUGUGCUAAACCGUUAUCGUUGAUCACACAGUCGCGUCAAAACUCCUCGCCGAAACGUUCUCCACAGCAUCGUACUGCCUCUCCAAAAACCCCUUCUACCAAGACCCUCCCCUCUUCCCCUCAGCUUCUCCCACUCUCUUUAUGCUCCUCCCCCAAGCCACUAUCAGUCCCCUCCCCUCCGAAGCCCCUCCCCCUGUCCUCUUCCCCCAAACCGCCCCCUCUCACCCCCUCUGUCAAGGCACAAUCUCAAGCUUCCUCUCACAAGCCCCAGGCUCUGGAUGUUCUGACAAGCAGGAAGAUUCUGGAAAGUUCUCUAGCUCACGUCAAUGACUGCAGAGUAAAACAGUCUUUCCUGUCCCAGGACAAGACAUUUCCUCUCCAGUUAAAGAAACAGCAGGACCCUUAUAAGAUAAACAAGAGGACAGGGCUGCUAACAUCCUCUUCCUCAUCUUCCUCAUCCUCUUCCUCAGCGCUCCCACAUAAGCUGAGCUCCGAAACAUCAGGUCGGACCAAACCGCCCGCAGCGCAGGGAACUGCCUCCUCUGGCCUACCUUUCCCUCAUGGCCUGCUGGGUCUGGGCCAGCCCAAUGGCACCAUCCAGAGCACCCAGGACGCACCCCUGGCCCUCACCACCAAACCUCGCUCCGACCUGCCCGUCAAUCUCAGCACGGGAGGCCGUAAGAACCCAACUUCUGCAUCACCCAUUCCCAACCGCACCCGUGAGCCACGAAAAAGCAAGACACCCAAGGGGUUAGAAGCCUGGAGGGGUCUGUCCCAGAACCACCUGGUGCAGUCGCUGGUAGACCUGUUUCACCACAGCGGAGCCGAGCAGGAGCUACCCAGCAGCAAAGAGUCUGAUGACUCUGCUGAGGAUGAAGAUGAUGAGGAUGAUGACGUGGAGGAUGAAGAGGAUGAUGAUGAAGAGGAUUCAGAUGACAGUCUCUCAGAGUCAGACAGUAAUUCAGACAGUGAGAUGAACGGCUCUGAGGGUGGUAAAAAGAAGCCCACGGGUGGAGUCAUGGACACGGACACAGAUGGAGAGAAGACCCCUCAGAAACUCAGCAAGGGGUUUCCCCAUCUCAACUCUGCCACCAAUCACAGCUUGUCUAACUGUCUGCCACUCAACCUCCAAGUCAUUAAGCCCUCCAGUGUGGCCCCGCCCACCAUUGUGAGCAGCUCUGGUGCCUUGACCUAUCAAAGCUCUCCUUCCUCAUCAUACUCUGUUGGGACCUCUCCAGGCUCUGCGAAGAGAAAGAGAGUGAUGAAUGAAGAUGAUUUACGGAUUCCGCUUGAAAUGGGUUGGCAACGAGAGACCAGGAUCAAAACAGUGGGCGGUCGCAUUCAGGGAGACGUUGCGUAUUACGCCCCAUGCGGCAAGCGACUACGGCAGUACCCGGAUGUCAUGAAGUAUCUGUCCAGAUACGGAAUAAGUGACAUCACACGUGAUAAUUUUAGCUUCAGUGCAAAAAUAAGGGUUGGUGACUUCUAUGAAGCCAGAGAAGGACCCCAGGGCCUGCAGUGGACUCUGCUGAAAGAGGAGGAGGUCAUCCCACGUAUCCUGGCCAUGGAGGGUCGACGAGGUCGUCCCCCUAACUCAGAGUGCCAACCAAGGGGAGGCAGUGGGGUUUCGGGAAGCCGGCGCCGAAAGGGCCGUCCCCCGAAUCUAGGCGAGAGUGAGUUCCCAAGCCCCUCUGAAGCCAAAUUACUGCGCAAGUUAGAGGCUCAGGAAAUCGCACGACAGGCCGCCCAGAUGAAGCUCAUGAGGAAACUCGAGAAGCAGGCACUUGCACGGGCGGCCAAGGAAGCCCGCAAACAGCAAGCCAUUAUGGCUGCAGAGGAAAGGCGAAAACAAAAGGAACAGAUGAAGAUUAUCAAACAGCAGGAAAAGAUAAAGCGUAUUCAGCAAAUCCGUAUGGAGAAGGAACUCCGCGCACAGCAGAUUCUCGAGGCAAAGCGAAAAAAGCGAGAGGAGGCUGCCAAUGCCAAAAUGUUGGAGGCCGAAAAGCGAAUAAAGGAGAAGGAGAUGAGACGUCAACAGGCUGUUAUUCUCAAGCACCAGGAGAUGGAGAGGCAUAGACUAGAUAUGGUAUGGGAGAGGGAGAGGAGGAGACAGCACGUUAUGCUAAUGAAAGCUGUGGAGGCUCGCAAAAAAGCUGAGGAGCGCGAACGCCUCAGGCAAGAGAAACGUGAUGAGAAACGACUCAACAAGGAGCGGAAAAUGGAGCUCCGGAGGCUGGAGCUGGAGAUGAUCCGUGAGAUGAAAAAACCCAAUGAGGACAUGUGUUUGACAGAUCACAAGCCCCUUCCGGAGAUCCCUCGUAUCCCUGGUCUGGUGCUGCCUGGUAGUGUGUUUGCAGACUGCUUGAUGGUGGUGCAGUUCCUGCGGAGCUUUGGGAAGGUUCUGGGUGUGGAGCCCUCUGAGUUACCCACUCUCGGUAUACUGCAGGAGGGGCUGCUCAACCUGGGCAACAGCAUGGGGCAAGUGCAGGACCUUUUGGUUCGGCUGCUCUCGUCUGCUGUGUCUGACCCAGGAUUGCCUCCAGGACACAGGUCUAAGUCUAUCUUGGGGGACCACCUGACCAAUGUGGGUCUGAACCGGGACAACGUGUCUGAGGUUUUGCAGCAGUACAUGGAGGCUCACUGCUCUCAAUCCGAGCUAGCUGAUCUCACUCUGAGUCUGAGGACCAAAGCCUUCCAGGCCCACACACCUGCUCAGAAAGCCUCUAUUCUGGCCUUCCUGGUCAAUGAGUUGUCCUGCAGUAAAAGCGUCAUCAGUGAGAUCGACAAGAGCCUGGAGCACAUGAAUGUGUUGCGGAAAGAUGAGUGUAUCGUGGAGGGCAAACUGAAGAAACUGAAAACGAUCUACGCAAAACGGACUGGGAAACGUGAAUCGGUCGCUGGAGGGGAAGAGCCUCUCUCUGCCAUUGGUCACAAGCGCAAGAGGAAGGCUGGAGACAGUGAUGACGACGAUGAAGACGAUGAGGACAGUGAUGAACCAGGAGAUGAGGAUGAUGAGGAGGAGGAGGAAGAGGCUAAAAAGGGCAAGAAGGUGGAGACGUGUGAUGAGGACGAGGGAGAUCCAGCCACCAGUGUUGAAGAACUGGAGAAACAGAUAGACAAGUUAUCAAAGCAGCAAAACCUGAUCCGUCGGAAGCUCUUCGAAUCGUCCCAUGCUCUGCGGUCCAUGUCAUAUGGACAGGACCGGUACCGGCGCAGAUACUGGGUCCUCCCACAGUGUGGAGGGGUUUACAUAGAGGGACUGGAGAGUGGAGAAGGUCUGAAAGAGCUGGAGAAAGAGCAAGAGAGGUCCAAAAACUUUCAAGGUGUGCAGGUCAAAGAGGAGCCUCAGGAGGAAAUUACACAGCAUCAUCAGCAUGAGGAGAUGCCGUCGCCUGUGAAGAAGGAGGUGAAACAGGAAGAUGAGAAACCCAUUAAUCCUGAACAGGAGGCGAAGAAAGAGUUGUGCUCCUCCCCGCUCAAAGAACUUCAGGAACCCAAAUCUGUAACCACGCCUCCUCAGCAGCCAGAGCUCCACCCCUCACAAAACCCUUCAUGCCUGGAACUGGCUCACACACCUGCAGGGGCCAAGAGUCUCUGCCACGGCCACAAUGGCUGCCCGGCCACUGCCGCCACAGCAACAACAACAUCAGCAUCUCCAGCUCACUCUCCAACUACCUCCAAGCUGAUAGAGGCCAGCAGCCCAGGCGCAGACCCCAUCCCCCCUCCCCUGCAGCUGGGCAUCCCUGCGCAUGUCCUGCAGCCGCAACAGCUUGCACAGACUGCGCUCCUACAUAAUGACCAGCUGCUCAGGGUCCUAAGCGAGCACAGCGGCCACUGGUUCAGCCUGCUGCCUCGCACGCCCUGCGAUGAGACCUCCCUCAUCCAGCCUUCAGCACACCCGCAGUCCUCGCCCCAUAACAACACCCCCAGCACACGGCCCAAAACUCCCCCACAGCCAUCUUCCUCCUCUCCGCAACAUCACCUGCUUUCUCUCUCCACAUCAGCAAGCCAUCUGAACCCCUCACCCUCUGGUAUUAGUAACUUCAGCAUGCAGGUGAAGCCAGGUGGAGCUCUCAUGGGUUUACCCAUGUGUGGUUGGUCCAGUGGGGUCAUCAGCCCCAAUCUACCCCUGUGCAGCAGCCCCUUGCACAUGUACCCUUCAGUAGAGGGCAGCGCCAGCCCCCUCCUGGUACCCAGCGUCUCAACCAGCAAGAGCGGGUCUCCCGUUCCCACUGGGGAAAAGCUUACGUCUGCCUCCUCUCCCGCGGCUCUGGACCUUCCCAGAAACCACGACCACCCUGAACCCCUCCCCAUACCAGAAGACAAGCUGCUGGGAUGGUGGAAGGUGACAGACAUGGAGAAGUUGAAAGCUCUCGUGAAUGCUCUCCAUAGCAGAGGUAUCCGGGAGAGAGCCCUGCAAAAACAGCUGCAGAAAUCCAUGGAGCUCAUCGUACAGACCUGUAACAAGAACCGAGAGGUGGCAGUUAUGGAAGUCUCGGAGCUCGACGAGGGCCAGGUUUCCGUGGAGACACUGCAGGAGUGGUGUGUGGAGGAACAGGCCAUGGAGACCGACAUCGCUCUGCUGCAACAAGUGGAAGAACUGGAGCGCAAAGUCACCUCCGCCAGCCUGCAGGUCAAGGGCUGGAUGUAUCCAGAGCCACAGUCUGAAAGAGAGGACCUGGUUUAUUACGAGCACAAUCCCCUCUCCAAGCCUCGGCCAGGGGCGGAGUCCCAGGAGGAGCGAAGCUCGGAGAAGGGCCUGAUCCGUCGCCCCAGCAACCCGCUGGACAUCGCAGUUAUGCGAUUGGCCGAGCUGGAGCGUCACAUCGAGAGAAGGUACCUGCGGAGCCCCUUAGGGACCACCAUCCAGAUCAAACUGGAUAACGUGGGUACAGUCACUGUCCCCGCACCUGCUCCAUCCACUAGCGCUGGAGGGGAAGGGGGAGAAGAAGAGAUUGCUCCAGGGAUGAAGGUGUGGCGGAAGGCACUGAGUGAGGUCCGCAGCUCCUCUCAGUUGGCCAUGUGUUUGCAGCAGCUGCAGAAAUCCAUCGCCUGGGAGAGGUCCAUCAUGAAAGUGUACUGUCAGAUGUGCCGAAAGGGCGAUAAUGAAGACUUGCUUUUGUUGUGUGAUGGUUGUGAUAAGGGGUGUCACACCUAUUGCCACAAACCCAAAAUCACCAACAUCCCCGAAGGAGACUGGUACUGCCCUGCUUGCAUCUCCAAGGCAAGUGGCCAGUCACCUAAAACUAAGAAGAUGCAGAAUCGUGCAACGCCAGCCAGUGGAGGAAAGAAAGUGACGGAAGCGGCCAAGAAAAACAAGAAGCAGUCUGAGACGUGUGAAGAGGAGGAAGCCACCAGCAGCAGCAACAGCACUCCAAAGAAAGCAGCCGCCACCCACACCCAGACCAAGAAGAACACCUCCACCCCGCCUGCAGCCAAACCAGACAGCCCCGCCUGCGUAAAGAGAGCCAAAACAGCCAGAGACAAUAACCGGGACCUGGGCCUCUGCAGGAUUCUCUUGGCUGAAUUAGAACGUCAUCAGGAUGCCUGGCCUUUCCUCACACCUGUCAACCUCAAAUCUGUCCCUGGAUACCGCAAAGUCAUUAAAAAACCAAUGGACUUCUCCACCAUUCGUGAGAAACUCGUCAGCAGUCAAUAUCAGAAUUUGGAAACGUUCAUCAUCGACGUCAACCUGGUGUUCGACAACUGCGAGAAGUUCAACGAGGACAAUUCGGACAUCGGCCGGGCUGGGCACAACAUGAGGAAAUUCUUUGAGAAGAGGUGGACUGAGCUUCUCAAGCAGACUAACUGAGCUGCUCAGAGCUCCGUGGUUUCGGAUCACCGCGGACUGUCAUUUCAACCCUACGACCAGGACUCAGAACCACCUCCGGAACCAGAGGCAACCCUUCAGGACCGACCAAUCCCACAUCCAACACCCAAAGAGACACAAGACAGAGGGUGUCUUUGUGCAAUACCUUUUCCUUCGAUUAAAAAAGAAAUCGCACUGAAAUUUCAACCAUCAGAGCUGUACUAAGGAGAAAAAUCCCUUUCCACUACUUGUAAAUAUGUUUUUUUUUUUUUUUUUUUUUUUUUUUACUUUAUCGUUAAUAUUAUAGUGAAUGUAUUUAAUUUUUAAAAUGAUUAUUUAUGACUAAAUAAAAAAAAAGGUCCACUCUUCAUUUUCUAUGAAAAGGAAGAAACAGCAAAACUGCUUUAAAUCUAAUGGAAUGUUUAUUUGUUUGUGUUUUUCCUCUCCAAAUAUGAAACAAAGCCAAGAAAAAAAAAACUGUUUACACUGUUCUGUGCCAUGUGGCAUCAGAGUAUUCAACCCUCUGAAAGUGAACUAACUGCAUCACUGUACACACACACGCACCCAUGUGUACAUACUGUCUAUUAAUGUCAAUAUAUUGAGUCUUGUUUGGAAUGAUGUGUACAUAUUGUUUCAGACAUUGGAUAUUGUUUAUGCCUUAGAAUGAUUGUAGCAAUUAAUUUUAGUCUUAAAGUGAUUAAUAAUAUACAUUUAUUGUUUGUACAGUAUAUACAUAUCCUCUACAAAACACUGUGGUCUCCUUGAUCUUAGUAGUGCCUGCCCUCCAGAACAGGGUAUAGGGAAAUUAUUUUUUGUUUUGUUGUUUUUCUCCCAUUUUUGUAAUGUUAUUGCUUUCUUAUAUAAAACACAUCAAGGCCUCCACUCAAAGGCAUACUGUACGAAACCCAUAUCUGAACCCAUAUGAAAACUGUUGGAGUAUUCUUCAGUAUCCCUGGCCCCAGAGGUGCUCAGAGAUGGACAGCAGGCGUUCUGUAACCACAUGUGUCUGAGUCUCCCGCGUGAGUCGUGGCCCACUGGAGGCAGCUAGAACAGAGUUGUUUUGUACCUGCGUCAGAGUACUUGAAGUUAUUUUAUUUAAAGAUAUUGUGGGAAACAAAUGGUAGCGUUUUUUUGUAGGAGCAUUAUUUUUCACUAGUGUGUGUGUGAUUGUGAGUAUGUGAGAGUGUGUUUGUGUGAGUGCGUGGAUGUUUGGCACGGACUUAUUAAAAGGAUGUUUUUAAAUCGAGA